AUGGACGACGCUUCUGUCCCUGGGGCGUCACAGGACGCCGGGGGAGAUGGCCGCAACAAGGCCGGCGUGGACGGCUGCCGGGGUUCACCGGGGAGAAGCUCUCAAGGCGAGUACGGUGUUCCUGAAGAAAGGGGCUCGGGACUGAGGUUUCCAGGAGGGGGACCUGGAGCUGGACCUGCGGAUGCCUCAGGUUCUGUUGAUAUGAUGUUGGAGCUCUGCUCUACAGUUCCAAAUAAUAAGUCAGAACCUAAAUUCUAUGGUUUUGACCCUCGUAUUUCUCUAGGCACACUACCAGCAGAGCAAGGCAAUGGUCACACUGAUGGCCAUCAUGAACAGGGGGGAAGACAUGAGGACCGUGUUUUCCAAUUACAGAAGCCAAGAAAGAUUGAUACCAACACAGGCGUGAAUGCCUCUACUAAAGGUACACUGCCAGAAGAGGCGAACAAUGGAAGUGCUGCUGUAGAUAUUGAUGACCAUAGUGAACAGCGGGAUGAUGUUUCCCGCACCUUGCAAUUAAAGACGUCAAGAAAGGCUGACCCUGUUCUGAGGGAUUUCGCUGGAGCAGAUGAGAAUAUUGCGCUGAUAAGUGGUAAUGCUGGAGCUGCUGGUGGUCAUGGGGGCACCAAGGCCUCUGCAGAAAGAGGACCCACCAACUCUGCCUACGAGUCAAAUAGCACAUCAAUUUUUGUUUCUAUUGGGAGUCAUGAACUGCUUCCUUAUGAUGAGUCAAUUGAUUUGGCAAGAGAACAAACAGAUACUAAUGACAAAAGCUCUACUCCUUCAACAACUUCUGGAGAAUCAUCUGAGGGGUAUUCAAGUAGUGAUGAUAGCACUGGAGAUGACAAAAGUUCUGUGAAUAGCAAUGAUGUGUCCAACACUGAGAAGCAUAAUCUGUCUAUUCCUUGUGUUUCCCGAGAAAUGGGUUGUGAUUCUAAAAGUUCUGGAAGUGUGGAGACGGCAUUGAGCCGGGUUGAAGGAAGUCAGUCCUUAUCAUCAUCUUUGGUUCAUGAGAUCGAAGAUCUCUUGGGUUUGCCAAAUGAGCAGCCAGAAGUUAACUCAAAAGUUGCUAUCCUUCAUGCUGUCAUCCCAAGUAAAGAUGAAGAUAUAGUUGUGACUGGCUCACUUGAUGGAACAACUGACAACUGCCACGGUCCUCUAGCUCAAGAAAACAAGGUCCUUGUCGGUUCACCUACUGAACCAGACGCCAAUUCAGAAUUUGGCCACCUUAAUGAUAUUUGCCCAUGUAAUGAUCAAGUGGUGCCUGAAGGUGCCCUGCUAUAUGAUCCCCCUGCUUCAGAUAGUGUUCCCAAAAGAAUUACUUCUGCAAAUGCGGACGACAUACUCUGUCAUGACAUCGGGAUUCUUCCUGCUGCAAAAACAGGCCCCGCAGAACUUGGCGAUGCAGCUAAUGAUACUCCAAGAUGCAAGAAACGUACUGGAUCACCACAUAGCUCAACUAAUGGCCUUGCUUCUGAUGCGAUCAAGAAGUCUCGAGACAUGUAGCUAGCUGAAGACUGGAUGCCUGAUUGCUGGCGUUUGCCUCUGUUUGGUGACUCUUGUAAACUGCUAAUACACCGCUGAGGGCUGCUUGGAGCUAAAUGUCUCGUUGUGAACUGGAACUUGGGGAAAUGGAAGGCCUUCCCUUUGCCUUGUAAAUGUUGUAAAGUGUUGAUAUUAGUUCUUAUGGAAGGAACAGUUACUAUUUCUUGUGCAUUUAUGUAGAAUAUAUGCAGACUAAGAAGCACACAUGACGUUGACAUACUCUGUUUGGUAAACUGGCAAAGUGACAAGUGACAUGUGUUGGGAGCAGUUGGU